AUGACGGACCAGUCACCGCAAUCGAGCCACGAGCAGGCGCGUGAACCCGAAGCCCAACUAUCCGAGCUUGAUCCAAUGCCAUAUAGCAACGAGACAGCUUCGCCAGUAGAGGAGCAAACCCCAGACCAUACGAGUCAUGACGAUCGCGCCUCAGAUGAAGAGUCGGUGUACAAAGCGCAGGGCAUCGAGGUUCAGGAUGUAAAGACAAUGGAAAGCAAGGAUGAGGCGACUGCUAAAGACGGUGACAAAGGAGAGGGGGAGGAAGGGAAAGUGAAAGUAAAAGAGGGGGAUGACGGAGAUGAUGACGACGACGAUGAUGAAGAUGAAGAUGAAGACGAUGAAGAAGAGGACGAUGAGGAGGACGAUGAGGAAGAGGACGACGACGACGAAGAGCCAAAGCUCAAAUAUGCUCGGUUGACACAACACCUGAAUGGAGUAUAUCGCAACGGCGACGCAACUAGCGCGUUUCUUGUCGCCGGGGAUAAGAUGAUCGCUGGAACGCAUAACGGCAAUAUCCACAUUGUUCAACUCCCAAUGUUUCAAUCCAUGCGGGUGUAUCAUGCACACUCUGCCUCAGUUACAUCCAUAUCGAUAUCACCUUACCCACCUCCUUUGCCGACUGAAAAGCCCGAACCAGUACAGAGACACGGAGCAUCCAGCAGCGCCAGCGUGUCGUCAGGUCGUCAUGCAGAUUCUUCCCCAGCAGCAGCAUCAAGAAAACCCAGAGAGGCGUCACAGAUUCCUAGGACACCAGCCAACGACAUCUUCGUCGCUACCUCUUCCUUAGAUGGCAACGUAUGCGUGCAAUCUUUGAUUGAUAUGAAGGAUGUCCAGCUGCGCAACUUUGCUCGCCCUGUUCAAGCAGUAGCCCUGUCUCCAGAGUUCAGAACAGAUCGGACUUAUUUGUCAGGAGGACUCGCUGGUCAGCUCAUCCUCACUACAGGAGGUGGCCCAGGUCGCAGCACGUCGACCACAACUGGAACUGCUGCGGCUACAGCUUCCGGCUGGCUGGGUAGUAUGGGGCUGGGCGGCAAUACGGGUAAAGACACUAUCUUGCACUCCGGCGAAGGAACCAUUAGCACCAUCAAAUGGUCUCUAUCCGGCAAAUAUGUGGUCUGGCUAAACGAGCAUGGCAUCAAGAUCAUGCGAUCAAAACUCCAUCUUGAAAGCGCGGACGCAGAAGAUGCAUGGAAACGAGUUGGCCACAUUGACCGACCCCAGACAGACGAAUGGGAGACUAUGGCCAGUGUGUGGAAAGGUCGUGUUGAAUGGGUUGAUGAACAGGCUGUGGAAGUGGAUGAAUCUGAUCAGAGCGCCACUGAGAAGGGCACUUCUGCAGCUGCAGACAAGCUUAGGGAGCAAACUGUACUGAGCAAGAAGGGUAUCGAACGAUUACUCGUAGGCUGGGGUGGAACGAUAUGGAUUAUACAUGUUCAUCCUGGGGGAGUUGGCAUUGGCCGGCACGCUGGGGAGAAGACUGUUGGGCGUGCUGAAAUUGUCAAGAUACUUCGCAUGGAUUGCAUCAUUUCCGGCAUAUCGUUAUAUACCCAAAACUUAUUGUUAGUACUUGCAUAUUGUUUACCAGAGGACGACGAUGAGGAUGAAGAUACUGGUUCGGUUGCAGCUUCACCAGGCAAAAAGCACAAGUCAAAUCCUUCAACGGGAAGCGAGCCCUCAGGUGGUCUUCCCCGUCGACAAAAUAAUCAACCCCCAGAACUACGUCUCAUCGACCUCAACUCUCAAGCCGAAGCCGACAAGGACAGCCUGAGUGUCAGUCGUUACGAGAGAUUGUCAUCAGGUGACUACCACUUGGGCGUUUUACCCGCACGCAAUGCUGCGUCAGCGAUCGCGUCUUCCAGAGGUGCUCUGGAGGCAAUAGCUGGGCUUGGCACGGAUAUGUGGAAUGCUGCCAUCAAUCCUCGAGCCCUCUUCAGCUCCGGUGCUAGCAUUCGAAGUAGAGGAAGUGGUGAUGAUUCCAGUAUCCAAGGGAGUGCAGCAGGAACAAUUCGACCUGGAACAAAUCGAGGUCUUUCGCCAUAUGUUCAUUCAGGGCUUGUUAAACCUGGCGUCAAAGUGUUUAUACACAGCCCAUACGACUGCAUCCUUGCAACUCGACGAGAUUUGAGCGAUCAUCUGGGGUGGCUUCUAGAACGGCAGCAGUACCAGCGUGCCUGGGAGUUGCUUGACGAACAUCCCGAGAUCAUGGCACCGCUCAACGAGAGGACCAGUGAUGCUACCCCUUCUACGCCACCAAUCAGGAACGUAGCAAGCGAUGACUUCAAUGACGAUGAGUCCGUUAUCGAUUCGCAAGUCCGAGACUUUUAUUCUUCUGCUGAAAGAGAGAAGAGGCGGAUCGGAGAGCUCUGGAUUCAAGAGCUCAUUGAAGAAAAUGACUGGGCGACCGCGGGCAAGGUUUGUGGCCAAGUACUUAAGACACCUGACAGAUGGGAGAAAUGGGUGUGGACGUUUGCUGGAGCGAAGAGAUUUGAUGCCAUCACAAACUAUAUCCCUACAGAAACGAUGCACCCUCCACUUCCUUCCACUAUAUACGAAGUUGUGCUGGGACAUUACAUCCAAAACGAUAAGCCAAGAUUCAGGGAACUCUUGGACCGUUGGUCCCCUGAACUCUUCGAUAUCAAAACCAUCACGACUGCAUUGGAGAACCAACUCAAGUAUCGAGAUGUGCGUGAAGACAGCAUCGAUGAUGGCGAGAAGGGUCGGGAUUGGCGAAUCGUGAUGGAGAGUUUAGCAAGGUUGCACGAGGCUAACGGUCGACAUCGCGAGGCCCUCAAAUGCUACAUCAAGCUUCACGAUGCGGAUUCAGCUUUCAGGUUGAUUAGAGACAACCAUCUCGCAGAAGCCGUUGCAGAUGAUAUCCCCAGCUUCAUUGGUCUCAGAGUUCCACCUGGUAAACUGAAUAAUAUGACGGCGGAGGAGCUUGAGCAGGCGACAUCCGAAGCCAUCACUCUACUCGUCGAUGAGGCUCAGCAUGGUCUUCUACGCCCCGAUGUUGUUGUGGAGCAGCUUCUUGCUCAGAAGCUCAACCUCUACAUAUACUUUUACUUCCGAGGUCUUUGGAGAGGUGAGGGUAUUCAGGAACACGGCGGAGAGAACGUGGACCGAUUGGUCAUGGACAGUCAAUCUUUGGUGGACAACUUCGCAGAUUUGGCAGUCCAUGUCUUUGCGACCUUUGAUCGGACGUUGCUUAUGCAGUACCUCAAGACUUCGGUUUCAUAUACAUUCGAAAAGGCGGUUCAUGAGUGUGAGACGUUCUCAUACUACGACGAGCUCGUAUUUCUAUAUUCCAAGACAGGCCAGAUGAAACGCGCUCUUUAUCUCAUCAUCGAUCGUUUGAAGAAUGUUCAUAAGGCCAUUGAAUUUGCCAAAGAACAAGACGACCCUGAUCUCUGGGAGGAUCUCCUUAAGUACAGCAUGGACAAGCCCAGCUUCAUCCGGGGUCUGCUCGAGCAAGUCGGUACAGCCAUCAACCCGAUUACUGUGGUGCAGCGAAUUCCAGAAGGACUCGAGAUCGAGGGGCUCAGGGAGGGGCUCACACACAUGAUGAAGGAGCACGAGAUACAGUACAGCAUCAGCUCCGGAGUUGCGCGAGUCCUUCGCAGCGAGGUAGCCACGGCGCAGAACGAGCUAAGAGCUGGUCAACGCAAAGGCAUCAAGUUUGAAGUAGUUUACCAAGACGAAGAACAUGUGGACGUUCAAGUCAAGGACGUUCCCACAGACCCGGACAAUCCAGAGCGCAACGCUUCCCAUCCAUCAGCGGGUCAUGAUCACCGAGUGCCAAAACCAGGGCACUGCGCAAGGUGCCACGAACCUUUCACUGAGUACGAGAUGGAGACUUUAGUGGGGUAUGCUUGCGGUCAUGUGUUCCAUGUUAGCCAUCUUCUGGAGAUGCUACAUGGGGGCAAGAAGGUCGAUGUUGACCUAGGCAAUGGUUCUGAGGAGGGAAGUCGGUAUUCAGUAGGUAUGAAGGUGAUGAGGGCUCGACUGCUGAAAGACAAGAUGAGAGGAGGUUGCCCUGUUUGUCAUGUUAAAGAAUGA